AUGGAUCUGUGCACAGCGGAGACCAUUAGACAACUGGGCCAAUGGAGUUCCGAGCCACCUGUGAACAUAGAAAGCUGUGUCCAUGACCUUAUCCUGGAGAAGUGCAAAACACAGCCCGAAGCACCAGCAGUCUUUGCCUGGGACGGGGAGCUCACGUAUCAUGAUCUUGAUGACUUCUCUCGUCAGCUAGCUGUUCAAUUGACACGCCAUGGUGUGGGCCCAGAAAGAUUUGUUGGUCUCUACUUUGAAAAGUCCAAGUGGGCUAUAGUGGCUAUGUUAGCCGUCAUGAGAGCAGGAGGGGCUUUUGCGUUUCUUGACAUAUCCCUCCCGCAAACCCGCAUACAAGGAAUGUGCAAGGAGCUCAAUGUUGUCGUGGUUUUGUCGUCAAGACACCUGACUGCCGAUGUCACGGGGAUGGCUCCUCAGGUUGUUCCCGUCGACAACGAACAACUUGACUUGACCCCGUCAUCUCCGGAUCCUUCACAACAACCCAGCCUGCUUGCCAACCCACACAAUGCCCUCUUUGCCCAGUUUACCUCGGGCUCAACCGGUAUUCCGAAAGGAGUCGUGAUCAAUCAUUCAUCUUAUUGCUCUGGACAGAUUGCUUUUGCGCAUCAUGUUGGAUUGAAUGCUACCAGUCGUGUCUUGCAAUUUGCGUCGUAUGCUUUCGAUGUUAGCGUCCAAGAAGGCUUAACGACGCUUAUUGUUGGUGGAUGUAUAUGUGUGCCAUCUGAAACAAUGCGCUGGAAUCCUCCGCUGGCAGUGGCCCAAUUGAGAGCUGAUUAUCUCAUAUUGACUCCCACAGUGGCUCGACUUGUACAGCCUUCCGACAUACCAUCCGUGAAGACCCUCGUGUUAGCUGGAGAACCUGUGCUACCGUCUGACAUAGCAACAUGGCAAUAUCAUGUGCGUCUGGCCAAUAUGUACGGCCCAGCAGAAUGCUGCGUGUCUACCACAUGCCACAUCAUUACGCGUGGCGAGCGGGAAUCUGGGAUAGUGGGAUCAGGCGUCGGAGCAACGUGCUGGAUCACUGACGCUCAAGACUACCAGAAGCUGGCCCCUAUCGGCGCAGUUGGUGAGCUCCUCAUAGAGGGUCCGAUUGUGGGAAGAGGAUAUAUAGGUGACCAGGGCAAGACAAAUGCUUCCUUCGUCCCUAGUCCUCGCUGGCGAUCGGCCUUUCCAGAUAAUAUAUACGGAAGGAUGUAUCGCACGGGAGACCUAGCUCAGUACGUGUCACACGGAAAAUUCAGAAUCAUUGGCCGCAGGGAUGAGCAAGUGAAGCUUCACGGCCAGAGAUUAGAGCUGAGUGAGGUUGAGCACCAUAUGCGCGAUGCUUUUGCUGUCAAACAGACAGUAGCUGGCUUAGUGAACCCCGCAGAAAGUGGAGGUAUCCCUAUCCUAGUCGGUUUUAUCUUAAACACCGAUGAUAGGAAUGCACCCACUCAUGAGGGUAUCUUUGCUUCUCCGUCUCAGAGUUUCCGAGUGUUAGCCCAGGCAGCCAUCACCAAGCUGUCUGACCGGCUACCAGGAUACAUGGUCCCUUCCGUCAUGAUUCCAACAAAGACCUUCCCCACCACCAGAACUGGCAAGACCGAUCGAGCACAAUUGCGCACCGAGGCUUCGAAGUAUACUAGAGCCCAACUUGAGGAAUUUAGUGGGGUUGUGGUAGAGAAACGGGCUCCAAUCUCCCAAAUGGAAAAGUUGCUCCAUCGGUUAAUCGAAGAUGUUCUACACGUGAAAGAUUUCGGAAUGAACGAUAACUUUUUCGCCCUUGGUGGAGACUCAAUCCUAGCUAUGCAUUUGACAAAGAUUGCCAGGGACGAUGCCGGAGUCGACCUUCCAGGAGAAAUGAUCUUCAGAGCACCCAUCCUUUCGGACCUAGCAAAGCUCAUGAGAGGCAGUAAGAGUGCAGCAAAAGUGGCGCCUUUCUCUUUACUCGCGAGCCCUGAACCAAAAGAACACAUUAUACAAAUAGCAUUAAGGUCCUGCAAUUUAUCAUCAGCUGAGGACAUUGAGGAUGUUUACCCUUGCACCCCACUGCAAGAGGGAAUAAUGGCCCUUUCCAUCACCAGCCCCGUGGCUAAAUAUGUCACUCGGUCCGUUUUUCAGAUCCCACGCGCAAUCGAUAUAGAGAGCUUGAAAUGCGCAUGGACAAUGGUCUUCAACAGCAAUCCGGUUUUACGCACACGGAUCAUUCAGACUGGAUAUGAUGUAGCACUCCAGGUUGUUGUCCGACAUAACAAUUUGUGGCACCACGCAGAUAACCUAAAGUCUUACAUCGAGCAGGAUGAGAGAAAAGCGAUACAAUUAGGAAGCCCCUUGACCCGCUUCGCACUGAUCCAGAAUAAUGGUCGCACGUACAUGGUACUGACAAUUCAUCAUUCGUUAUACGAUGGCUGGUCACUCCCUCGGACCUUUCAACAGGUGGAGGAGGCUUAUUAUGGGAUAACACCUCGGUCGCAACCAUUCAGAACAUUCGUGGACUACUUUUUAAAAAUGAACAUGGAUCGAAUGAAAGAAUUCUGGCGAAACGAGUUGGAAAGCUUUUCAGGGCCGUUGUUCCCCCAACCUCCGCCGGGAGACCACACUUACAAGCCGGCUACACUACAUAAGAUGAGCCGUUUGAUAUCCAUAUCGCAGGCAACAAAGGCACUGCGGUAUCCGCUUGCAACUAUGAUAGAGCUCUCCUGGGCUCUCACCCUGUCCCAAUACUCUGGCACUGACGACAUAGUGUUUGGCAGCACACUUGCCGGCCGCAAUGUCGCCGUUAGCGGUAUCGACGAGAUCCUUGGACCAACUAUCACUACCAUUCCUCGGCGGAUAAAACUAGAUCGUUCAAUGCAACUUGAAGACACCCUGCGCUUGAUGCAAGAGCGAAAUGUCGAGUACCUAAAUUUCGGCUACUUGGGUCUCCAGAAAAUCGCUGCCCUUGGAGCUGGACCUGCUACUGCCUGUAGGCUCCAAAGCCUACUGAUUAUCCAGCCUUUUUAUGACGAGCAUGCAUCGACCAUUUUCAACAACUGUAUGGAAGAGCUUUCUACGGAAACCGUGGACAAUUACAUCCUCACGCUAGAGGUAAAGCUUGGAAAAGAAUAUGAUGUUAGACUGGAAGUGGAAUACGAUGCGGAGACUAUCACAGAUUUGCUCAUGAGCAGGAUUCUCGAACAGUUCUAUCACAACCUGAAUGCUGUCGUUCAAAGCGGCAAUAAGUCACUCUCGGAGCUAGACUCCAUUAAUCACACUGACUUCCAGACGCUCUUGAUGUGGAACAACCAUGUGCCAGACGCAAUCAACUGCUGUGUUCAUGAUAUAAUCAACCGGAAAUGCUGGUCCCAGCCUCAAGCUCCUGCCGUCAUUGCAUGGGAUGGAAAGUUAUCUUACGAGGAGCUGGAAAGAUAUUCCACCAUGCUCGCAGCGCACCUCCAGAGGCUGAACGUCCAUUCUGACACCUAUGUAAUGGUAUAUGUUGGCAAGUCUCUGUGGACAGUAGUUGCGAUGCUAGCAGUGAUGAAAGCAGGAGGUGCUUUUGUGCUUGUUGACCCUGCACAGCCCUUGAUGCGAUUGCGGAAGAUCUGCGAAGAUACUCAAACCAGGAUUGUGAUCACAUCGGGGCAAUACAUGUCAAAAGCAAUUGAACUCAAUCUCCAGGUUGUUGAAAUUGACAGAGGGUAUAACUGGGAAUCUGGUGGCAUGCAUUUGAAAGGACCCGCGGUUUCCCCAGACAAUGUCGUUUACGCGGUAUUCACCUCAGGGUCAACCGGUAGACCCAAAGGAGUGGCCAUUCAGCAUCAUGCUUUCAUCACUAGUGCCAUAGUGAAUGGUAGCAAACAACACAUAAAUAAUCACUCUCGAGUGCUGCAACUGGCAUCUUUUACAUUUGAUGCGUCGAUUGCGGAGAUUUUGUACCCUCUUGUCCACGGAGGAUGUGUUUGUAUCCCUUCGGAGUCAGACAGUCGCAAUAACCUUGACCAAGCAAUCAACGACUUCGAAAUCACUUGGGCGACGUUGACACCUUCUUUAGCACGAGUAUUGGAUCCAAAGAAAGUGAGUACUCUUCGCACUCUGGCUCUAGGGGGUGAAGCUAUGACCAAGUUGGACGUAACUAUGUGGGCGGACCGAGUUCAGUUGGUCAAUGGCUAUGGACCCGCCGAAUGCUCUGUUGAUGCGAUCAUUCAACCGUCUAUUAAUCGCGACUCUGAUCCUGCAAAUAUCGGCCGAGGGGCUGCUGCUGUACCCUGGAUCGUGGACCCAAACAACCCUGAGAGGCUCAGGCCAAUUAGCGCCCCUGGGGAGCUGCUUGUUGAAGGCCCUAUCCUUGCCAAAGGCUAUCUCCGAGACCCAGAAAAGACUUCAUCCGCAUUUAUCCAAUAUCCGAAAUGGUUGCGUCGUCUUCGACACGGCAGAGAGGGCCGACUUUACAGAACGGGUGACCUGGUGCAGUAUAGCGCACAAGCCGAUGGCUCCUUGCGGUAUCUUGGACGCAUAGACAACCAGGUCAAGCUACGCGGACAGCGAAUCGAACUAGGAGAAGUGGAGCAACAUCUUUUUGAUUGCUUUACCGAAGCAAAGCAGAUCGUUGUUGAUCUAGUCACACCGGCAGAUCCAGGUGCACACCCUGCUCUGGCUGCCUUUAUUCUGCUGAAUGAUGUUCCAUACAGCGAAGACAGCAUCAUCGUAAGGGCGAGCGCCUCGUUCCGGCUGCAGGCCGAAUCUGCCGAAUGUGCCCUAAAAUCACGCCUUCCAAACUUUAUGAUUCCAGCGUUAUUUUUGCCCGUGAGCAAGAUCCCACUCAGCCCAUCUGGAAAGACAGAUCGACUUCAACUUCGUGAAAGUUUAUCCGCCUUUUCUAGGAAAGACCUGCGGGCAUAUAGCUUUUCGGAGGCAGCAAAACGCCAUGCUUCCUCAACGGAGGAGUCAGUGUUGCAGAAAGCCGUUUCUUGUGUCCUACAGUUACCAUUAGACGACAUUGGAAUGGAUGACAACUUCUUCCAUCUCGGAGGAGACUCCAUUUCGGCGAUGAGGUUAGUGGGUCUUCUUCGUGAAUCCGCAUUUACCAUCACAGUUGGAGAAAUAUUCAGCUAUCCCCGCCUUGUUGACCUCGCUUUGAUGGUUCAUCAUGAGGCCAGUAGCUUGCUUCCAGCUCCCAUUGCUCCCUUUUCUCUUCUUGGGGGCUAUAAGCACAUGGACCUCAUUGCCACUGCAGCUCGUGAAUGUGGCGUCGAUCGAGAUGACAUAGAGGACAUGUACCCAUGUACUCCAAUGCAGGAGGCACUUAUGGCAUUGAGUAUAAAGCAACAAGAGGCUUACGUGCUCAAAAUGGCCUUUGACCUUCCGACAAACAUCGACCUUGGUCGCCUUAAAUCCGCUUGGAGUGCUGUUUUCAAUGCGAACCCCAUCCUUCGCACUCGUAUCAUUGCGGUGGGUUUGGGUUCAAAUGACUCCUUCCAAGUCGUACUCCGUGAGGAGCUUCAGCUUUCUUCCGACCUUGCUCCGCUGUUGGUUGCGGAUGGUCAACCACUCUGCAAGAUCAGCAUUUCUCAAAAUGAUAAACGCGUUCAACUGCAUCUAUGGCUUCAUCAUUCACUGUACGAUGGAUCAUCGCUAUCAAUCCUUUUAAAGCAGGCGGACGAAGCAUACAGGGGAGAAGAAUUAAGACCUCGUCCAUUCAAUGCAUUUGCAGAGUAUGUGCGAAGAACUGAUGCUGUUCCCAGUAAAAUGUUUUGGGCAGACGAGUUUCAAAAUUUGAAUGCUACCAUGUUCCCGUCGCAGAAGAGGCCUAACAUUCCGUCCUCAAGAAAGAGCGUUUCUCACAACAUUGCUCUCCAGCAAGCCGUCGAAUUAGACUUCACCUUGUCAACUUUCAUUCAUCUUGCAUGCAGUAUUGUGCUUGGUCACUAUACAGCGAGUGACGACAUAGUCUAUGGACUUACCUUGUCAGGGCGAAAUGCCCCUGUAGCAGGAAUUGAGGAUCUCACGGGACCGACAAUUGCAACAGUGCCUUUUCGAACUCAGCUGCCGGCUGCAUGUACCACGAAGGAAUGUCUCUCUCAAAUACAACAUCGUCUCAUUCGGAUGAUACCAUAUGAGCAGACCGGUCUGCAGCACAUACGACAAAUUAACCAUGAGGCUGCAGCAGCCUGCGAUUUUCGAUGCCACAUUGUCAUCCAACCAACUGAUGAAAGGUUGGAAUUGGAGGAUGAGCUUUUCAAGGAGCCUCCACUUGAAGAGGAUAUUUAUUCAAACUUUGCUAGCUCCCCCCUUGUGCUAAUAUAUACACUCUCCGCUGACAAGAAGAACUUGAGACUUACAAGUAACUUCGACCUGUCGUACUUGAGCUGCGUCGAAACAAAAGCGUUUUCCCAUCAGCUAGAUCAUGUCCUCCAGCAGAUCAUCAGAGAUCAGAAUCUCGCCAUCAAAGAGGUAGAUGUCAUCAGCCCCGAAGACCUGGCUAGACUGUCUGGCGCCAACAUGACGGCGCCUCAGCAAGUGGAUCGACUGGUUCAUGACUUGGUAUUUGAAAGUUGCCGUACGCAACCAGCGAAGGUUGCCAUCGACUCGUGGGAUGGUUCAUUUUCUCCCGUUGGACAGUGUCGGCUAUUCUUGCAGUUCUUCAAACGGGUUCAGCUUGUGCACUGA